AUUAUAGUAUCCUGCAGUACUAACUGAACUGCCCGUGAACUCAUAUGAACUGGGGUCUUACUCUUAGAUACCAUUUUCAUUGGUUCCAUAUUCCAUUCUUGGAUAUAUUCCAAACACAUUGUAGACUGGGAUUUCAUCAUCUUCAGUUUGUGAAUAAAUUAUUCAAAAUUGGAUCAUGUUACAUUUUAUUAGUUUUAGAUGAACCGUAUAUUCAUCAAUUAUCGACAUGUUAACAACAAAGCUAAUAAUAACUCUUAUCUGUCUAUUGAGAUCUAAACAGAUAAUCGGGAAUUCUACAACUGGCAACCCUUUUUCCACGAGCAAAUUGAUCCAUCUCUUACGUGAAAGGUUUUUGGCUACUCGCCUCGAUCUGAAUUUGCCGCCAUAUUUAAUUUUUUUAUCUGAAAAAUGACACAAGUACCAUUCUGGUGUUCUAGCCGUUUAGGGCUUGCUGUUAUAAUAUUCUUUGGAUGUCUGCUAUUGUAUGCAGUGAGGAUCAACCUCAGUGUUGCCAUGGUAUGCAUGGUCAACCACACAGCUUUAGCCAUACAAGACAAUCCUCAGGUUGUGUUAACGAACCUUACAGCCAAUGCAACAUAUAAUGAAGCUAACAACACAAUCUCUGAUGAUGAUACACUUGUAUGCCAGAUGGAAUCUGGGAAUGGUACAACUAUGGAAGAUGGGGACUUUGAAUGGUCCAAGGAGUCCCAAGGCCAUCUCUUUGGAGCAUUCUUCUAUGGCUACAUGGUCUCACAAUUUCCAGGAGGUUAUUUGGCUAAAAAGUUGGGUGGAAAACGUGUUAUGGGAGCCAGUAUGUUUAUAACUGCUAUAUGCACAUUGAUGACACCUAUUGCAGCCCGUGUGAGCUACUUCUUCAUUCUAGUUCUGAGAGUCAUCCUAGGAAUGUGUGGGGGUGUUGUAUUCCCAGCUCUUCACACAGUGUGGGCCAAUUGGGCACCUCCCCUGGAAACUACUAAACUAGUCAGCAACUCAUAUGCAGGGAUCUACAUUGGGAAUGUGUUAACAUUAGCCACUGGAGGUGUACUGUGUAAAUAUGGCUUUGAUGGUGGAUGGCCGUCUAUAUUCUACAUAUUAGGUGGUUUUACGGUGAUCUGGACAGUACUAUGGAUGGUUCUCACUACUGAUACUCCUGCUGAACAUAAGAGGAUAUCAGAGGUAGAGAGAGACCACAUAGAAAAGUCUAUCAAAGUUAGAGAGGGGACUCAGAAUGAUGCAGAGCCAAAAGAGGAGCCACCAAUUCCAUGGUGCAAGAUGAUGACGUCACCGGCAGUAUGGGCCAUCAUUGUAUCUAACACAGGUUGUGAUUGGGGAGGCUACACAUUCCUUACUAACAUACCUACAUACAUGAAAGAAGUUCUCAAAUUUGAUAUUACAUCUAAUGGUCUCUAUAGCUGUUUGCCAUACUUAGGGAUGUGGGCUGUUAUUAACCUGGCUGGGCUAGCCUCCGAUAUUGUUCGGCGUAGAGGCUUGCUAUCCACUGCAUGGAGCCGGAAGGUGUUUGAUGGCAUAAUAGGGAAAAUGGUGCCAGCAUUAUUUCUGAUUGGACUUGGGUUUAUGAACUGCACUCAACAAGUCGCAGCAGUUGUUUUAUUAACACUUGGUGUUUCGAUAAGUGGUUGUCAGUUCAGCGGUUUCGUUGUGAAUCACGUAGAUAUCGCUCCGAGAUAUGCAGGAAUUUUGAUUGGAAUCUCAAAUUCGAUAGCUGCCUGUACAGGUUUUAUUGCUCCAUACGUCAUUGGAGUGAUCACAAAAGAUCAAACCCAAGGACAAUGGCAGAUAGUCUUCUUCAUUUCAGCUGCCAUAUACAUUAUCACAGGCAUAUUUUACUGCAUCUUUGCAUCAGGAGAGGUCCAGGAAUGGGCAAAAGACAAGACUGUGGAGGACAAUGAAUUACUUCCCGCUAAACAUGCACACAAUGAAAAUGCUAAACUAGCUGCAACUGAUGACUAUAGCAAAGAAACUGAAGCAUUGGCAUAAUGUUUAUGUUAUUAGUCACAAAUGUAGAUCUUUUACCUACCAAUGCAGUGAUCAUGAUUCCAUAAGGUGUGGUGUACUAUUCAUAGCAUGUAUAAUUGUUAGUGGUUAGGUUUUUUUUGUAUUUGUUUUAGCUUAGGACCUUGAAGUAAGCAGUUCAAAUUGUUUUAAAGACUUUAGAAAACAGGGUGAUAUCAAUAAGAUUUUGAUAUGAAAGAAAUUCAAGACAAAGAAAUAUGUAUGGUAAGAUUUUACUUUUGACCAAGUGUAUUUUCUUACCAUAAGUACAACAUUGUUUUCAUUCAAGUAAAGUUUUCUCAAAUGGAUAUAGCAUAGGAUAUGUAGUUUUCAGCUCUUUCGGAUUACAUUUCCCUUUUAAGAAGAUUAUGAAGUGUAUUUGGAGGAAUAUAUGUUAUUGUACUUGUUUUAAUGAAUAAUGUCAUAUAUGACUUGUCUAAAU